AUGGCGGAUCAACACGAAGUCGAUCUCGACUCUAUAAUCGACCGCCUCUUGGAGGUGCGGGGCAGCCGACCGGGCAAGCAAGUCCAGCUGCUUGAGGCUGAGAUUCGCUACCUUUGCACCAAGGCUCGUGAAAUAUUCAUUUCUCAGCCCAUUUUGCUCGAGCUGGAAGCUCCUAUCAAGAUUUGCGGUGAUAUCCACGGCCAAUACUAUGAUCUUCUCCGUCUCUUCGAGUACGGCGGGUUCCCGCCUGAGGCCAACUACCUCUUCCUAGGCGACUACGUCGACCGAGGCAAGCAGUCUCUGGAGACCAUUUGCCUGCUGCUCGCAUACAAGAUCAAGUACCCCGAGAACUUCUUCAUCCUGCGCGGCAACCACGAGUGCGCAUCCAUCAACCGCAUCUACGGUUUCUACGACGAGUGCAAGCGCCGCUACAAUAUCAAGCUGUGGAAGACGUUUACGGAUUGCUUCAACUGCCUGCCAAUUGCCGCCAUCAUUGACGAGAAGAUCUUCACCAUGCAUGGAGGACUCAGCCCGGAUCUGAACUCGAUGGAGCAGAUCCGCCGCGUCAUGCGCCCAACUGAUAUCCCCGACUGCGGUCUGCUCUGCGACCUCUUGUGGUCCGACCCCGACAAGGACAUCACAGGGUGGAGCGAGAACGAUCGCGGUGUUUCGUUCACCUUCGGACCCGAUGUCGUGUCCCGCUUCCUCCAAAAACAUGACAUGGACCUCAUCUGCCGUGCUCACCAGGUCGUCGAGGAUGGCUACGAAUUCUUCUCCAAGCGCCAACUCGUCACUCUUUUCAGCGCUCCCAACUACUGCGGCGAGUUCGACAACGCAGGGGCAAUGAUGAGUGUAGACGAAAGUCUACUCUGCUCCUUCCAGAUCCUCAAACCCGCAGAGAAGAAACAAAAGUACGUUCACGGCCUUGGAGGCGGUAGCAGACCCAUCACUCCUCCCAGGAAGCAGUCCAAGACGUAG